ACAGAUUAUUAGUGACAGCUUAAUUGACUUUGCUAGAUGAUAUUGUUAAAACAAUGUUGUUAGUCCUAAAAACGUAACAAACAUAGUUUUUCCUUCCGUAGUUGUUCGCUAUAAGGUGUCUGUCAAGUGGAGAACUAGAUGUCAUGCCUCGCAGCUGACUGGACAGUGCAUAUUUGCUUAUAAGAAAACGCUGAUAAGAAUCUUCCGGGGUUCAAGACCUGACUUUGUUUAUUCUCUCAGUUCCUUUGUACAUAACUUUGUCCUACGGAUGGGCACAAAUGGCCUCAUCUUCGACUGCACCAUGGACACCAGACGAAUUCCGGCAGAAAGCCUCGUCUUGGUCGCUGGAAGGAGACGCAAAACUGCUUGAGUUCAUGCAAAACAUAUCAGCGGAGCUAGAACGACGUGCAACCAAAACCACAAAUAGUAUUCAUCGCUUAGGGUUAGACGUGGAUUGGACUAAUGUCGCGCUGGGCAAUGUGACGAAUCAACUCGCAGCACUGCAGCACUCACAGUUUGUUGAAAAUCGAGUCUACGAGGAUGACGAAACCAUUGCCAACGAAUCGGAGGUUCCAGUCAGUGAUGAAAGUGAGGCGAAAACAAAGAAUGACCCCAUCGAAACACUUACGAAACUUCUCCAUAAAAGCAUGUCCGUUCUUGAGCGUCAUUACGAGAAAGUCUCAAUUGACAUUGAAGACUCUGAUGAAGAGGAUGAUUCUGCAAAAAGUGUGAUUUACCGACCAAAAGAUCCCUGUGACGCUCGACCCUUGCCUUAUAUCAUUGGCUCGAAGGAGUGGAUCGAAAAAUGGCACGUCGGUUUAUGCGACUCCGACGAGGACUAUUCAGAAGACGAGAAGGAGGAAGAAUUCUCGGAAUCUUCUGAUAGUGUUUCGAUAUCAGCAUCACCAGCAAGCAACGCUCCAACAAUUUCUGAAUCAGAAUUCUCGGCGUGGGGGCUGCAACGAAAUAUUGCUGACACCUACGGUAAAAGACAAGACGGUUCGUAUGGAUCUUCUGAAGAAGAUUUGUCCACUGCAAUGAAACAAUCGUCUAAAAACAACCGAUCUCUCCCGAACAACGGUGUUUAUUCAAUGCCUCAAAAUCAGGAUUUAACGUCAAAUCAAUUUGAAUCCGCGAACCAAUACUAUGUGCAUAAACCAAAACAAAAAGACCGGGGUUUGUUUGACGAAAGCAGUGACGAGAGUACGGACAGUGAACUGUACAACGUGAAGGGAAAAUCUGAACGAACAGUUCCAAUACCUGUUCCGACCAUGCGUAGAGACAAUCUAAUUUCCAAUAUUAUCAGUGAUGUACCCCCGCCUGAUCUAGAUGUUGUAGAUAAACAUGAGAAACCAGCAGUUGAUUUAUUCUGCGAAAGUGAUGAUGAGGUAGUUGCGCCAGAACCACAAAAACCGGAGAAUACGACUAGUAAGAAAGAAGAAGCUGUUGCAAGCAACAUACGAAAAAAGACGGUUAACUUGUUCGAUGAUGACGAUUUUGAUUCAUUCAUGCAAGAAUUGAAUUCGAAGGCACAGCAGAAGGUCGGAGUCGCGAAGAAGCCUACAAGAAAUCUUUUCGAAGAAAGUAGUGAGGAUGAGGAUACAGAAGCUAAGGAAACUGUUGAAACGAAGGAUAAAAAUAGCAGACUUGGCAGACCAGAGGCUAGUGGAGCUGGAGACAAGCCUUCAACCAAAAUGGCUGAAAAAAUUUCAGAGAACAUUGUUAGGACACCCGACACACAGCCCAAGUUAGAAAAGAGGCUCUCAGAUAAUUUAUUUGCGGAAAAAUCUCAUAGGAUUGGAGGAGAAGAAAUAAAGGAGAACAAAGUCGAUAGUUCGAGUGUUAAGAGGGACAGAGGCUUGUUCGAUGAUGAUUCUGCUGUGAAAGAGGAUUUCACUGAUAUUUUCCGCCAACCAAAUACUACUAAGAGGACACUAAUUACGAAUUUAUUUGAUGAUGAGCCACCAGAUGAUGAUUUUGACAGCCUCUUCAAACCUAGGGGAAGUGUAGCACAAAGUACUAAGGAGGAGACCCCCAAAAAAAAUCCGAGCACAAUUGUAAAAAAGAAACUCUUCGAUGAUUCAGAUUCUGAUGAUUCGUUGGGCAUUGUCACAAAAGAUCAAGACCAUUUGACGGAGGAAUUAGGUAAAAAAAGUAUUCAGGUUGAGCAGCAGCCUCCAGUAGAGAAAGAUAUAUUUGAACCUGAUAAAGUUGUCACCCAACCUAGUUUCGAGUCUAAACAGAAACCUCUGAAGCUUUUCGAUGAUGAGUCUGAUGACGAUUCCGCCGAUUUAUUUCACGAUAUAGUAUCGAAACCAUUACAUACUCGUGUCGAAGAGAAAUUGGAAAACAUUCCGGAAGGUAACAAUAGUGGGACAUCAACACAACCAGAGGAAAGUCGAGAUGAGCAUGACUUUGAAAAGAAGGCUUUGCCAGAUAUACCACUGCGUUCUGACGAGAAACCCUUAAUGGAUAGUAAUGAGCAAGAGUUUAUUGCAGGAAAUUUGAAGUUGUCUAGUGAAAGCCGCAAGGACGCUUUAAAAAAUAUUUUCUCAGAUGAUUACAUCUUUGAAGACGAGGUAAGUCCAGAGGUCGAGCCAAAAUCGAACAAAUAUAACGCUAUAGAAAAUGAAAGGGAAGAAGAAAAUUCACACGUUCCCACAUUAAGUACCAAUGAUAGAACAAAAGGAAGUUUAGAGCCAGACGAACAGAUUACUCAGGGUAAAGAUGAUACGCAUGAUAUCCUGGAGAAAACGGACAACGAUUUAGUCUUUUCCAAGCCGAAAGCGACACCACGUAAUCUGUUGUCCUCAAACAUAUUUAGUGAUGUUCCUCCCGACGAUGAUAUUGGAAACCGGGAGAAACCGAUUGACGUGACCUUUCUUGAAGACGAUGAGAGCGAUCUGAAAUCGCACGAAGGCGAAAUUUCGCAAAAUAUUUCUGAUACCAACACUGGAUCAUCAUUCGCAAAUCAGAUUUCCCAAGAUACUCCCGAAUCGCAAGCAAGUGCUUUCAAUUACAACAACAUCAGCUUAUUCCAUGACACCCCGCCUGACGAUGACUUUGAAGCAACCCCACAAGAUGGGAAAAAGUUGCAUAGCAUAUUCUAUGAUGAUUUCUCAGAAACUAUAGUUCCAUCGCAGAUGGAUGCAAAACCAAAAUCAUUGUCCAGUUAUAUUUUCGACGAGCCACCACCAGAUGGAACCUUUUCAGAAGUGCCAUGGCUGGCAGAAGACGGAAGUGAGGGGGGAAAGGAGGAAGAAAUUAUGCCGACCACGGUUGAGUCAGAAAUGCCUAAAAGCACGUUAUCGUCAUCGUCAUCUUCAUUUGGCAAGCAGGGAACAGUAAUUGGUUCGAGAAUUUUCGAUGAGCCGCCACCAGACGAGUUUGAGCCAACCUCCCCGGCCGCAAUUACAAGUAAUGACAAGAGACUUGAGAAGGAGCCAUUCAAACCAGCACCACCUGAAUCGGAAUCAAAGAUCAGUUCCAUCAUAAAUCAAAUGCAGAAAGAAGUCACAGAAGUUGCCGAUGAUUUUGUCUCAAAAUCGAAUCCUUCGCCGAAGAAAUUAAAUUCAAAUUUGAAAAUAAAUGUUGCUGCCCUUUUACCUGGUGCUAAACGACCGCAAUUAAGAACUGCUGAACCGGAACGUCCACGCGAUAAUGUAUUGUCUAAUGAAACGCUGAAUUCUCAUUCUGAGGUUGAUGUGCUUGAUAACUCGGUUAAAACUAUUCAGAAUGAAUCUGAUCCGAAAAUGUUGCAAAGUUUGAAUCGAACACGGGCGAAAAUUCAGGUGAAACGAAGACCAUCCACAAGGAGGGGUCGGCAGGAGAACUAUCGCCGAUCUUUAAUUGAAACUGACGAAAAUCCGGUGGUGAGUAGUCAAGAUUUCGCAAGCCAAGAGCCGCCUUCUCUUCCGCUUCCGAAUACUGACAUUGUGAAAGCUGAAAUCCUAACUUUUAGAGAUGAAAUUCCUCCCAAAUCAGGUUCAGUGGAAACACUUGCGAAUAAGACUCCUACAGUUCCGAAAACUUCUGCUAUUUUCCUUGAAGAUGAGCCUCCCGAUGAUAUAUUCAAGCCAAGUCUUGAACGUGCAGUCGAAAAGCAGCCACCAAAACUGUUUUUCGAAGAGAAUGAAGUCGAUGAUGAGUUUUUAGUAAAACCGAUCCCAGUAGUCAAAGCGGCAACGCAAUCUCCAUUGAAUCCAAAAUCUGCUGCGCCACCUCAACAAGCAAUAAACAAAGGUGGCACCGACAAACCGAAGACAACUUUAUCAAUUUUCGAUGACGAGAGUGAGGAUGAUGAUUUGUUCGAAGAGAGUUUAAAAAAUUCGGACAAACAAACCGGUAAGAAAACUCUACCGGCGAAGACGGCAGUUACAAAACCAACGGAAAGGACAAAGGAACGAUCGGUUGUGUCCAAGUCAAUCUUUGGAAGUGACGAAGACGAUGACAAUGAUUUGUUUGGAGGCGGGUUGACUGCUAAGCCAAAGAUACCUGUGAAAAGCAGUGCGAGCAAACACGAAACAUCAUCAAAUAGCCUGUUCGAUGAUAACGACGAUGAUGACGAUGAUUUGUUCAGCGGGACCAGCAGCAAAUCGAAAAAUGUAUCCCAAUCAACUUCAAGGAAAAUCGGCACAAAAAAGUCGGUAAGCCAACGGUCACAGGCAGGAGCAACGAACAAGGACUUCGAUGACCCCCUUGCGGAUCUGUUCAAGAAUUAGCAUAUUUUCUGUUCUUAUUUAUCCAUUGAGAGCUUAACGUCUGCUUGAUUUGAUUCGUAAGCAUUUAGAUCCAUUUUCCAUUUAAUUUUGUGAUUAUAUAUUUUUUUUUUACGUAAUUCCGUUAGAUUACCAUAAUUAACGUUAUUAUCACUGCAAAACGAAUAUACACUUCUAUAUUUUUA